UUUUCAGACGUGUCGUCUGCGGAGUGUUUUCAAAUGUUUGCGCUACACUCGUCAGAAUGUUACUGGACAAUGACACAUUCCUCACAUCCCUUCACAAGCUUUUCAAUCAAUCAAAGUCUAGCGGAUCACUGUAUAUUACAAUGAAACGAUAUGAUGGACGAGUUAAACCUAUUCCCAAGCGGGUUCAAAAAGUAAAGGAUGUUCAUGUAACUAACGAAAAUAGCUGUCUUCUUCGAGCUACACUUGGAAACCAAAAAAUUAGUACUGUGGUUCACCAGAAGGACAUGAAUAGAUUCAAUCAAGCUUAUUCCAAUCUCCUGAAAGCUAAUAUUGAUGGUUUGAAAAAACGUGAUAAACGUGUAAAGUCGACAAAUAUAUCAAGUAAACUCAAUCGACCCAAGACAGAAAAAGGCUAAUGCAAUACAUAAUAUUCGGGAUUUUGACCAAUUUCAUCAUACUUAAUGUAUUUAUUUUCAGUUCUCUGUACAUAAUAUUGUAUUCAAUUUCCGGUCAUGUUGGUGAUAUAAUAAAAAUGUGGGUACCCUUAGACUUAUCGUGUAAAUUAAAUAAAUGUGGGCCUAUAAGAAAACUAGAAACAAUGCACUUCUGAUCAACACCUUGAUGUUUUUUGUACUCCGAAAGAGCUCGUGAAAACUAUUCUCCGAUAACUUAAAGCUUCAACUAGGUUAUGAUACACAUACAUGAACGCACAAACACAACAUUUUAAGCGGCGAAUGGAUAUUCAUCAUACGGUCACUAUAAAAUAAAGAGAGAUAUACAGAAUAACAGAAGCAAAGAAAGAAUAAAAACAAGAUGAUAAUAAAAAGGAACAAAACAUGAUAGUGACGACUGAUCAU